UCAAAGAUAAGGUACUCGUCUGUCGUGCCAUCUAUUUAAGGACCCAUCAUGACCAUUUCCACAACGAUUUUAUGCUCAUCACUUAGUGAUAAUCUAAGCUGAAGUGCCACCACUCUUGACGUACAAGCCGUCGCAAUGCGUGCCUCAAACAUUCUGACCAUCAUCUUCCCCCUCAUGGCCCACGCCGCCCUCAACGGCCGUUGCACCGGCUCCGCGGCCGACGGCGUCUGGGGAGAGAGCGGCAUCUGCAUCCGAACGUCGACGUGUCGGUCCUACGGCGGCAUCUCUAAGCAGGGUGCCUGUCCCUACGACGCGGACGACGUCCGGUGCUGCGUCAUCGGGCGCGGCGGCAACGCGGCCAACGACCCCUGCGGCCCGGUCUCGUGGUGCGAUUGGACGUCCGCCGGUAAUGCCUGCCAGUCUGUUGGCGGCAUCUUUGACCCUGGCCAUUGUCCUGGCGGCUCCAACUUCCAGUGCUGCCGGAACUACCCGGGCAAGAAGGAGUAGGUGUCCUGUCUGCGGGUGAGUGUACCUUAGGCAGGGUGCCUUGGACAUGAGCGUGUGGAUACAUAUUGUGUGGGUAUGUGUCGUAGCAGAGCUACGUCUUGAAGGGGGCAAAGGGCAUGAUCGACCAGUGGUGCCAUCACGCACACCUUUCUCUUGAGUUUUCGCUUGAGCGUGGGAGUAGCUGAGCCCGGCAGUACACAAUCCCUAUGGCCCGAGCCAAAAUUGUACCUUACCAAGUGAUAACUUGCUACAG